CCACUUGCUCCACAACACUGCAUUGAAGCCUCGAACAUCGAACAUCGAACCUUGGAAAUACGGAAUUCCACACCCAACACUCAGACCCGACCGAAAACGCGAAGUCGUAGAAAUGCGCUAUUAUCAGGAGAACUAGCGAUACCCUGCAAGAAGACCAUCAGUGGCAUCCACAGCACAGCGCAUAUACGAGGGCGAUUGGCGGGGUCGGGUUCGAAUUCUACAAAUAACUUAGACCCAUUUAACGACGCCAUGGACGAGUAUCCUGCCGGCAGUUUGGACCAUAGUAUCCCAUAUCUGCUUACAUUAGGGACCCGGACGGGCACGCCGUACGAUUCCGGGCUGAGUGCCGCCCUCAAGGAACAGGCCGUACUCAUCAGAUCCGAACUCCCUCCCCUCGAAUCCGACCAGGCGCAAGCACUGCUGCGUUACAUCCAGGACCGUGAUGCCUCCCAAAUACCCUGCAAUGGAAGAGAUGCGUCUGAGAGGAAAUACCGGUUUCGGAUCAAGUCGGCUGAAAGGUCACUUCUUCUACCACCACGCCGUGCCCGCCUCCCUGAAGGUAUCGAGUCUCCGCCUCCUUCGGCCGUGCUUCACUCGCCCUACUCCCCUCUAAGUCCUAUCUCGUCUCUCUAUCCCGACGGUCUCAUCGACACGCAAUGGAUCCGCAAACAUCAAGACCUCGUCCCCGCUGUCCUCCUCUGUUGCUACACCCUCACAUCCGACCCGAGCCUUGCAACAUUAUGUGACAACCAGAUAAAGACCGAUGUGAACAAUAUCAGAGCGCUCUUGAGCCAGUCCGGUUAUAAGACGCGGCUGGCGGUUGUGCUCCUGAGCGACCAUGUCUCUCCUUCGUCUUCCAUUGAUGGCGUCCAGGACCGGUUAGAGAUUAUUCGCAGGGGCUGUGGUUUGGAUUCAAAGGCAUUAUUCCUCGUUCCCUCGAGCAAUUCCCAAGAGGAGCUCGAGCGCGUCGCAGAGAACAUGCUUACGACGCUCUAUGUGGUGUCCGUCGAGUAUUACCGAGAUCUUGGGAGGCAUUCCCGAAAGAAGAGGGGCAGAGGCAUUGUCCCUCAGCCGACAAUUCCCCCAACCUCUGGUACCUCACAAACGCUCUCGUUAGCUGGCUGGAACGUUCGGUAUGACUUCAAGUCGGCUGUUUUUGCCGAAUUCCGCCUGGAAAUGGAUGUUGCCUUGCGCUCUUAUGAGCAAGCCUACGAGAACCUGCUGAGCUCCGAGUUGAUGGAGCUCAUCCCCAGCUGGAAUCCGCGAUGGAAUGAAGCCAGGUUCCUAGCCGAUGUUAUCGCCGUGCGCUGUCUGCGGUGCUUAUUGUGGAACGCCCAGCACAGUGCAGCCGCCCGGAGGUGGCUUUCUCACCGUGAAAGGAUAGCCGACUUCGUUGACCGCAGGGGGAGGGGCACCAACAAUUACGGUUGGGAAGCUUGGGAGGCUCGAUGGGCCAUCGUCAUGGCUGAUCUCAUCGACAAGAUCGAUAUACCGGAGCUUUUCCCUGUCACGCUCAAACUCUACCUCCCGCCAGAGAAGAGCAUAAUGGGGGAGCGGCUACAGCCUUGGGAAUUACUUCAUCACCCGGGGUACUGGUACCGUCUUGCCGCGAAACACUUGCAAGCGCGGAAGGCCUUUGCGCAUUCGAUCCCAGAAGAUGACAGGAGAUCGCCGAGCGACUCACCCGCCUCCCACGUCGCCAAAUCUGCCUUCACAUACGACACGUACAUGUGCCCUGACCCUUACGAGGAAUACCCGUUAGGCCGUCAAGGCGUAAAUCAUGCCAAGAUGAUCACUGACUGCUUAAUGCGAGCUCGCGCAGAAUUCUUGAAGCGACGUCAAACACGUUAUGCCGCGGAAGUGUCGUUGGAAUGCGCCAGAGAGCUUGCUAUGGCUGAUGACUGGCAGGGAGUUUUAGAGCUCCUGCGCCCUAUGUGGAAAGAAUUAUCGUUUCGAGCUGAGGGAUGGAUUGCCAUAGCUGAGGAAAUCAACUGGGCUCUCAGGACCGCGGCUGCGGAGGUCGGUGACGCCGAGUCGGUGCUCCUCGCCGAUUGGGAGCUGCUCUCACGAGACUUCGCGAAACGCCCGAACUGGCAUUACGAUAUCACGCGAUCCCUGGAAGACGUCACGCUCACCUCCAAGCCCAAUGUUUCAAUCAGGGAUGGGCAGCUCGUAUCUUUCAUGUCCGCCUCCUUCCUCUUUCAAAGUGAGGAGGGAAAGGCCGGGCAAAACGUUCGCGGUCAGCUAUCGAUCAAAUCAAAUGCCCACCUGGGGUCGGCGCCCGUCGUUCUCAGCACUGUCUACCUCAGCUUUGACGGCAGCUUGGAUGGCAUCAUUCUACGGCACCACGACAACGGGCGAACAGCGCUGCAAAGUCAGGGUAAAGCGGCCCUGGCCACAGUAUCCUUGACUAGGCAGGCGGAUGGCGAUGGCUCCCAGCCAGCCGCGCCAGCCGAAAUUAGUAGCGGCGUCACACUCGUCGGAUCUGCCGACUUGACAUUGCGGCCGGGCCAGGCUCUUGUUUUCAACAUGCAGAUACCCCUGCGGGAGCCUGGCGAAACACGCGUAGACUCUCUCACUGUCAAUGUUGGGUCUGAGACUUUUGACUUGCGGCAAUCGUUGACCUUCCAGGAAAGGGGAAAUACUAACCUCUGGUACAUCUCUCCCUCCAAUACCAAAUACGUCGCACAUCCCCAACCCCUCGUCGUUCGAGUCCUACCAAGACCUCCCAAAAUGGAGGUCAGGUGCCCGGCGUGGAAGGAGCAGUACUAUACAGACGAGCCGAUGGACCUCGAGUUUGAAGUCGAGAAUGGCGAGGACAUCGAGGCUCUGGCCAAAUUAGACGUGGUUUUAUUUGGCGAGAAGCCACCGCUAUUUACGACGUCUAUCCCCGAGCACGAGGACCAGACAUCGUCGAGCAUUCGCAGCGAAGAAACUAGGAUCUCUGGGGCGCCAAUGGGCACCAUCGGGAGCCUCAAGUCACUCACUGUCCGCAUCCGGCUACCACCGAUCGAACGCUCAAGCCGGUACGACUUGACGCUCAAGGUUACCUACUUCCUACCGACCAACCCCGGCACGCCCAUAUCACAGACUGCCGUCUUUCAGCUCAACGUCGUCAACCCCUUCGAAGCUAACUACGACUUCCUUCCACGAGUCCACCCCGACCCCUGGCCAAGCCUCUUCGAUCCCGACAACAUUGCCCUCCCCAUCACCAGCGAUAGCGACGACGUCACUCCCCAGCCCCCCUCCGGCAUCUCCCAAGCCUGGUCCCUCGUCACCCGCUACGCCUCCUUCGCCUCGGAACCUCUCCGGGUAACAGAUGUCGACAUAGUAAUCCAACCAUCCGCCACAUCCCGCUGCGCGACCACCACCAAAUACACCAACAUCCCCACCUCAGGCGCCGGCCGCCUCGUCAACCCCAAAACGAUCGAAGAAGCCACCUUCGACCUCUCGGCUCAAAAGCUCACCGUCGACGACCGCAGCCACGCCCCGCUCGACAUAUCCCUCAUCAUCAAAUGGACCCGCGCCGACACCCCCACCAACCCAGCAGCCCUAACAACAACAACACCAAACACCACCUCCCUCCCCAUCCCACGCUUCACCCUCUUCGGCACCGAACCGCGCGUGCUCGCAUCAGUCACCCACCGGCGCCGCCGCGGCGGCGGCAGCGGCAGCCCGCCCACCAGCGCCACCACCACUACCACUCCCUCGGCGCCGGCCAUCCCCCUAAUCACGCUAACCAUCACCAUCGAGAACGCCUCCAACCACUUCCUGACCUUUGGCCUCGCCAUGGAGCCCAGCGAGGCCUUUGCCUUCUCUGGCCCCAAGCUCACCACCGCCAGCCUGCUGCCUGUUUCGCGCCGCGCGGUUGAGUACAGGCUGCUGCCGUUUGACCUCGCCGCUGCCGCUGCCGCGGGUGGGGAUGGGCGGGUGGAUGGGUGGUGGAUCCGGCCGGGGCUGGUGGUGCGUGAUAAAUACUUCCAGAAGGUGCUGAGGGUGAUCGCGGCUGGGGAGGGGGUGAGGGGGGGGAAGGAGGGGUUUGAGGUUUGGGUUCCGAGGUUUUGA